CCGGGUCAGUGGGCGCGAGGCGUGGGUGUGCUCCGCCUACUCCGGGUGGAGAGGUGACAGUGAGUGGCACGGGGACCGCUGGUGGAGACAGGACGGUCCGUGCUUGUGACCGUGAUUCGUGAGGUCGUGACAAACCGUGAGCCGUGACUGGGUGCCGUCUAACGGCAGGACUGUGAGGCCAGCGGCGGUGACCUUGUGAGGCGCACUGAGGGUGCAACGUGCCGAUCGCUCGAGCAGUGUAUGUGAGGUGAUAAAGCUCGGAGGUCCUGGUCCAGGCGUGCUCGGGUCGCACUUUGUUCUCGUGUCAGCUCUGCGUCGGAGUGGAGCUGAGGAGACUGACAGCUGAUUGAGUCGUACGGCCUCUGUGGGAGCGGAAGCGGUGACGGCGACGUUGGCGGCGGGGGCGCAUCGAUUGCUCGGCCCGAAACAGAGCGCGGCCGACUGGCACACAGAGGAAACGGCCGCGACGCCCAGAGAAGAGACGUGCGGCGCAGAGAACGGAGGACUGGAACAGGGAGAUCGGCAGUGCGGCACACGGAGAGAACGGCCGACUGACUCAGAGCGCGGCCGACUGGCAGACAGAGGAAACGGAGGACGGACACGGAGAGUACGGCCGGUUGGUACAGGAAGGAAACGCGACGCAUGUUCUAGAGACGACGAGAGUAGUCGACUGAUAUAUUUUCAGGCCGAAGAAAACAGAGAGACACACGAACGCUACUGCAGAAUAACAUAGUUAAUACGCACUAAGGUAACACAAGGAUCGAGUCUUUGUGACACCGUACGGCUCAUAGAAGAGGAAGAGAUGGAAAGAGACGAAUCAGAAUAGGACACAACAACGAGUGAUUUGUGACGAGGAUACUCCGUGUGUUUAGGUCAGUGGAGGACACGCCCGUCGGGCCGGGGCGCGAGGACGGGAGGUCUGAGGAGUGCUGAGGAGGACAUGUGACUGGGCCGGCCGCCGCGUGCCGAGGGGCCGGGAGUGGUCACCAUGCCACCGCUGCUGGUGUGGCUGGCCAGCGCUGUGCUGGUCAGCGUGCGCUGCCAGGAGGCGCUGGUCACGGUGACGGCGCUGGGCCGCAGUCUGACCAGCAUUGACCAGCUGCGUGCGCGCUACCUGCCCAUGGGCCCCGUCAUGGAGGUGGAGGGAACGCUGCUCGAGGUGCGGAGCGUGAACCUGUGUCGGCCGGGCGAGGCGGCUCUCCAGCUCCGACCCCAUCGCUGGAUCCCGCUUCUGAGGCUGGAGCCGCCCACCACCCAGCCCAGCGUCUGUUCAUCGGCCCGGAGCCAGGCGAGCAGUGCGUUCCAGCAGGGCGCGGUGGCCGUGAUAUUCGACAUGACCCGCGCCCCGGAAAUGGUCACAGAGCUGCUGGCCGGCCAGCGCCACCCGCGGCUGCAGGGCCCGGUGCUGGUGAUGCAAGAGCUGGACAUGGCGCGUCUGUCACAGCUGCUGAGGCCCGCCUCCAGCGUCACCGUGCGCGUCAGCCGGCAGCGGGCAGACGCCGAGCCGGCGGCCGCCGCGCCCGCCUUCACCUACUUCGACAUCGCGCUGUUCGUCGUGUUCUUCCUGCUCAUUUGCCUGCUGAGUGGCGUGGUGCUCUACAAGAUACGGAAUCGGCGGCACAGGGACCCGGCGCUGCGACUGGCUAAGUCGGUGCUGCACCACAUCCCGACGCGCCGGUUCGCCGGCGGUGUCGGGGGCGGCACCCCGCGGCCCGGUCGGCCCCGCUGUCUCUCAGCCCACUCUCCCGAGCCGCCGGCCGGUCACAAACCGCGCCUGGAGGAGCCCGAGGGCUGCACCAUCUGCCUGGACGAGUACCGACCCGGGCAGGAGCUGCGGGUGCUGCCCUGUCGACAUGAGUUCCACCGGGGCUGCGUGGACCCGUGGCUCAUCAGCCGGCGCACCUGUCCGCUCUGCACGUAUAACAUUGUCGAUCGGUGUCGGGCGUCGGACCUGUGCCCGCCGCCCGCCGCCGAGCAGCCGGCCGUCCGCAGCUCGUCAGCGCCGCCGCCGCGGCCGCCGGCGCCUCCCAGCAUGUACCGUGCGCCCCCGGUCACCUGCCGGCCCACCGAGGUCACGACGAGCCGCGGCGUGCCGCAGUACCACGCCCUGUACCGGGACCAGUGUCUGCCGGGCGCCGCCGGCGGCCUCAUCAGCGUGCCGGCGUCCCCGGCACUGCGCGGCCGGCCCUACAGCAUGUACGAGCCGGCCGUCAGUCGGCCGACGCCCACCUACCUGACGCCGAGCGGCUGCCUGGACCGGCGGCCGCUCUCCUACCACCCCGAGGCCGUCAGUCCGUACCGCACAGCCGGCCGGUCCCUCUCCUACGAGCCGAGCGGUCCGCCGCCGCCGGCGCCGCCCGGUGGACCGCACCGCCAGCCGGCCUAUGUGAUCGUCCGUACCGUGUACCCCGAGUACGGCGACUCGGGACGGCUCGAGACGUGCACCGUGAUCCCCUGCCGACGGCCGGCGCCCGCCGGAGCCGACGGCCGGCCCUUCUCCGGGCUGCCGAUGCGCCGCUCGGUGGCCGGGCUGCCCGAGCGGCGCUCGUUCUGCGACCCCGAUCAGCACGCACUGGUGGCUGCCGCCGCCGACCGGCGCUCCUACGCGGGCCCCGAUCAGCGGCUGGCGCCGCAGGGCGCCGACCAGCACCCCUACAGGUCGACAGCGCAGCGGCGCUCCUUCACCGCAGCCGAGACGGUGUGGCCGCCUCGGCCGCCCUCGUGGGCCGCCUCAGACACGGACUCCGAUGACCUGGAGGUACGCUCCAUCACCGGGUCACGGGACAGAUACGACGGAGGCGGCUACAGCACCGCCAGCGACGGGGAAGAGCACGCCGAAACGUGGACGGUCGUCUGAGAGUGACGAGAGAGGAGGGCAGGGAGUGGGGAGAGCGAGGGAGAGAACGCCCAGAGAGGUGGACGGUCGUCUGAGAGCAAGGACAGAGGGAGGGCAGGGAGUGGGCAGAGUGAGGGAGGACAUGCCGAAAUGUGGAUGGUCGUCUGAGACCGACGGAGAGCGAGGAGGAGAGGAGUAAUGCAGAGAGUGGAGAGAGUGAGGGAGAACAUACUAACGUGUGGACGGUCGUCUGAGCGCGACAUAGAGCGAGGAGAGGGAGUACCGUGAGUGAGGGGAGAGUGCAGAAAAAGGAGAGAGUGAGGGGGAGUGACGGACUUAACUCGUCUACUAGGAACAGUGGAAUAAGGACGGAGCCAAGAUUCGGAUUCGUGGAAGUGAAAAUAAGACGAUUGCCGCGAGUGUAGCUACGGUGAAGGGCAGUGACGUAGGUGGACUGGAAAUGCCGCGAUAAGAGGCCGAGAGCGAACAUUUCAUCAAGCCAAGCCCACCGCCAGUCAAUGUGCGUAGUCUGUAGCGGAUGAUUACUGAAACCGACCAGGGUCUGUCAGUCUAGUCGCAGCUGCCGCAGCUGUUAGACUAGGAAGCCAUAUCAAACGCCGGGCGUCCUAUUUACAACGGAGCCCAAUAUCUUUCAAUAUCGGGAACUGGGAAGCUUCAAAGUUCACAUAUCCCGUCAUUUUGCAUAGCAGCCAGGCACGGAGAACUCCGUGAACUCAGCAGACUCAGUGAGUGUUCUGAGGUCGGUCGCCGCUGUGACCCGGCCGAUCACGGGGCCAGCUCGUGUCGGCGUGCUGUGUCGACGGGCACAGCUACCGUGAGCUUUCUGCGGCCGCCCGCGCCCAGACGACGCGCUGUGAUAUAGGGAGGGAUGGAUGGAAGAUCCGGGUACCGGACCUGAUGAGCGACUGUUCGGAGUCGGGACGGGUCUCGGCCGAUGCCGGUCACUCCGCGGAGUGAGAGAUGUGACGCGUUCGUCGUCCUGCGGCGAGUGCUUGUGGACCGUGUCGGUCUCCGGGAGCGCCGUACGUUAGCCACUAGUCCGGCUCGAUUGAGCGAGCCUCGCGACCGGUCCACGGUCGGGUGAGAGCGCACACUCAGCGGGUGCCGGCCGCUGCACCAGUCUUUCAGUGGUGUGCCUGCCCAGAGCGCAGCCGCCGCCCUGCCCUGUCCUGUCCGCCGCUGCCCGCUCUGUUCGCCCCAUCGAUCGACGGACCGUGAAUCACAUCCGGAGGACGGCCCGGCCGACUGUCAGCCGACGGCGGCGUCACGUGCCUUGGUGCUGCCGCCGCCGCCGCUCCGCCCCUCCUCCGUCUGACCCGCGCCACUAACAGUAUUUUUCUAGCCGGGCGUCGGCGGCCGAGUACCGUCUGACGGUUCCGGCCGCCGCGCCCCUGUCCCGUGAGCUCCGGCUCCGCGCCGGUCACACAGCCAGCUAGUCCGUCGGUCAGUCGGACGGACGGGAAAUUCGGUGAGAGCUUGUGAAGCCAUUUGAUUACAUUGACUAGGGAUC